AUGGAGCCUCUCAGGAGUCUGGAGAGGCAGGACUCGGAGAAGUCAGAGGCUCGCCGCGAGCACCUCCGCGUCAAUGCCGCUGUUCAGAAUGUCACUGACACAAUGAUCGCCGUGACCGAGUCCUUUCGUCACCACUACCAACAGCAGUAUGGUGGCUACGCUCCCCCGGCCCCGGCGCCGACUUACACACACUCUCGAAGCUCGUCCAACACCAGCGAAUCAACCGAGCGCCUGCUAGAUGUAGAUCCCAUAAGGCACAUGAGCGUGUCUGACAUGUCCCCGUCUUCGAUAUCUCCCUAUCAAACCAGCCCUGUGCCCAACGUGCUUGUCCCAGGACGUUCACCAGACGCCGAGUCGGAUUCUCUCCUCGAGACAGACAUGUACACGGAGAUGACACAAACCACAGGGCCAGCUCCCGAAGACUUGAUUCGCCUUGCAACACCGAAUCUACCUGCUCGGCUGGAUACACCUCACACGCCUCCUCCUCGCUUCAGUAUCCCAGUUAACCUCUCAGAACGCCAACCUCACACCUCCCCACCUCAGCUUGCAACGGACUUUUCAGUCAACCAUGGAGGACUUGUCAACGCUGCUAGACGCUUCGAGGCGUUUAGAUCGACUACUCAGCACCAUCAAUACAUGGCUCUUAGACCCGAUGUCGGUACCGAAACGCAACCUCUCGGCACAACCACCCUCAUCCGCGCAGGCACCGAUGUCGAAUCUCCAGUAUCCAAAAGCGGCGUACGGAGGAAACCCCUGACCCGAGGUGCCAAGCCGAUCGAGUUCAACUACGCCACCAACGAAACUCUCUUUGUUGCCGUCAUCUGCAUGGCCCAGGUGCUGGCGUUUGCUGGCCUUGCUCAGACCUUGGUGCCUGCUCGAAGAAUUAGCGAGUCCUUUUCAGAGUCGGAGCGUACUACAGGACACCUCGCGUGGUACUCGGCAGCAUAUGCCCUUGGCUUUGGGGCAACGACUCUUCUCGGUAAUCGGCUCGGAAGUGUUUGUGGUCAGAGGCAGACAUUUAUCCUGGGCUAUCUCUGGUUCGCCCUGUGGAGUCUCCUUGCUGGACUGAGUGUAUACGUUCAAAGGAACGGCGAUUCGGGGACCGUCUAUUUUUGUGUCUGCCGUGGUAUGCAAGGAAUUGGUCCAGCAUUGAUCACUCCCAACGGUCAGGCCAUGCUCCAGCGUGCUUAUCCGCCUGGUCCUCGAAAGACGCUCGCCAUGGGCUUGUUCGACGCUGCUGUACCUUUGGGCUUGGUUCUUGGUUCAGUCAUGACAGGACUCUUUGCCGGGUUUGGGUCUUGGUCCUGGGCGUUCUACUCACUGGCAGCGGUGUGUCUAGCGCUGGGAGUUUCCAGUGGUCUCCUUAUUCCGUCCAAGAGGGUUUUGGUUCACGACUUUGAGGGCAACCUCUGGAAACGACUCGACAUUCUAGGUCUGGUGUUUGGCGUUGCUGCCCUGGUUCUUUUCUGUGUUGGUUGGAACCAGGCGCCUAUUGUAACAUUUGAAAGCCCGGAGCCAUAUAUCCUCAUCUUUGCUGGCCUCAUCCUCAUCCCGCUUUUCACCUUUUUCGAAACACAGGCGAGUCAUCCUCUGGUUCCCGUCAAAUCGAUGCACAUACCGUCAUGCUUCACUCUUGGCUUUGUGGCGGCGAGCUGGGCAGCCUUUGGAGUUUGGAUUUGGUAUUUCACCCAAUUCAUGGAAGUCCUGGGUGGCUGGACACCUCUACUUGUGGGAGCGGGGCUGGUUCCCGUGCUUGUUGUCGGAGUCGUCGUUGGGUUCAUGUGUUGCCCCUUUGUGAACCACGACUUGACGGCUCACCUGGCCAUGGCGGUGGCGGCAGUUUUCACGCUGAUUGGCUCUGCCCUGAUGGCUACGGCUUCAGAGAAACAGUCUUACUGGGUCAAUCCCUUCAUAAGCACCAUCUUUAUGGGCGCGGGGAUUGUCCUGGUGCUCCCCGCCUCUGUUACUGGCCUGACUCGGAGUGUUCCGCAAGGACAACCCGGACUCGCAAGUAGUCUCAGUACGACGUGGGCAGCAUUCAGCUUUGCUGGUACAGAGAUGCGCAGUAUCUUGGUUUGGGGAUGA